AUGUCUGCUGAAUCAUUUGAAAAUAUCCUCUGUUUCUCAUUUUGUACUAACAGGGAAGCAAAAAAAACUUUGCUGCUACUUGAAAAUUGGGCGAGGAUUGGAGCAGAUUCAGUGGGGAGAAGACUCCGAGGGAAGAGAUAUCUUGUUUCGCUGUGUUAUUCUUGUCGUCCUCAACGGGACUGCGAGGUGGAAAAGAGUGGGAAAACUCAUAAACACAGAGUGAAACGGCUAAAAGUGUCACUUACCUUCAAGCUGGCCAAGAAUUUUUCUUUUAAAUUUUUUUCCUGGAUCGUUCAUCGAUUUUCUAGUGUGAUUUACAAUUUUUUUCUUCGAGCUUUCAGUUCACCACAUUGAUAGAAGAGAGCUAAAACUCAAAAAAAUUCAUUUUUUUGAAAAAUCAAACCAAAAAAAUUUCCAAGAGGAAAAAAAUUGUUACUUUUUAAAAAAACGUUAUUUUUUUCUGAAAUAAAAAAAUAUGAAAGACUUUAAAUAGAGAUAGUUGAGCGCCUUAUGUUCAGAAUCAUUGAAAAAGCUCCAUAAGCCUUCAUUUCAGUUUUUUUCCGUUCAUUUUACGAAAUUUUAGUGAGUCUUUUUGUUUUUUUAACAUGACCUCCUAUGAAACUUCAUUUUUUUCGUUAUUAUAAUCGAAAAAAAUUUUUGGAAAAACGCCAUUUUCUCAUGUUUCAGUGGGUCCGAAAUGGCCAGCAGGGGCGUCGCCUCCGGCGGAGCACCAGAACGGCAACCUGCCAACGGUGAGCUCAUUUGAUCAAAAACAGAAGUAAAAAAAGAUAGUUGAACUUAAUUUUGUUUUUCUUUUUUUAAGCUAAAUUUUUUUCGAAUUUUCAGGUUGUCAUAAGUCAACCAGGAUCGCCGGACACGAUAGACAAACAAAGUGAAGAACGAAACGGUAGGUUUUUACUUUGUAAACUGGAGAAUAGGUACGAGAAGGACGGAAAGAGAAUAUGAAGCUUUAGAAAAAAAUGUUUCUCAAUCAAAAACCAAAAAAAAAUAGCUUUAGAUUGACGCUCUUUUCCUUACGAAUUUUUUCGGCGUUUUGAAGGGGCUCAAAAAUCUGCAGAAACAUAAAAUACGGUAGCUUAAUAAAACGAAAAAAAAAACAGCUCAAAAAUAUUGAAAAGGCUCACUGUGGGAAAAGUUAGCUCGAGGCGGCGAAUGUCAAAAAUGAACUGUAAAUCACUGAAAAGAUAACUUGGAGAAAACUGAUAUCAGUGCUCAAUUAUUACAGUCCCUCAUUAGUUCCUGAGAUUAUUUGAAAGACAUGUUGCGAUUUUGUUAUCAGUUUCUGGUGUUGAUAAGCCCUCCCACUCAACUUCAGUGUGUCGCAACAAGUGUGAAGCGAUGCUUCGAAUUCGGAUUUUCUUUUCAGAUUGAUUACUCAUUUCUUCAUUCUGAUGUGGAUCUGCCCUAAAAUUUCUGUUGUUUGAAUAGAAAAUAGUAAAAGAUUUGGUAAAGUCGUUUCUUAUAACUUGACGUAGAAUAAGAAAAAAAGAAGAGUUUCGAAAUCAUAAAAAAAUGACAAGAAUCCUUGGGUUAUUGGGGAUCAAAUGGUCAGCUACUGAAAAAAACAGGAAUUCAUUGCGGAUGACGGUGAUUUAUUAUCCACUUAGAAUACCCUUUCUAUUUGAUCCAUAUCGAAAAAUCUUGGUUAUUCUAAAUUUCCUUACAUCAAGAAAUUUUUUUGUUGAUGUCUUGGUAAAUUUUGUUGAACUCCAAACUGUGAUUAAUUUCAAUUUCUUUUUUUAGUAAGAAGUUAUGAGAUGAUUAUUUCUUGAGAGAUCUCAGCUGUUUGUUCAAAGUCUUUUUUUACCCAGAGGUUCCCAAAUUUCUAUCAAAUCUGAGUUUUCAUCAUUGAAUAAUUUUAAUUAUCUAUCUUCAACUCAAUCUCAAUACUUUUCAACGCUUCAAAUGUCCUCCAGCCUGUAAGAAGUUCACUAGCCUGAACAAAUAUACGAACAACCGAAGUUUUAUGGAUUAUUUGAAAUGACACUCUCCCGAGCGUUGUGACCACUUGUCGUCUGUCUGCACAAAAAGAGACACGUCAUCGGGGUGUCCUUCAGCCCCAUGGUCCAUCCAAAACUUUUUUUUCCGAUUUGCCGUCGUUUUCGAAUCUCUUCUGUCUUGACCACGCUUUCCUUCCUCGUAUCUCUGAAAGUCCUCACUGUGAAUUGGUUCAUGUAAUGAGGGAAAUGUACAAAUUAGACUUGAACAUUGAGAAGCAAAAAGACACGCCGUCAACUUUCAGUACCUCUAAUUGGCACGAAAAAUCUCUUCGUUGAUGCUCGCCAUGAAGAUUCUUUUUUUGCACUCUCAAAAUUCUCGUAAAUCCGCAAAAACGUUUUAAAUUGAACAAAAUGAGAAAAUAUUUGCGCAAAAAAAUUUUUUUAGUUUCUAAGAAAGGGUUCUUCGAAAUUACUCGAUCCAGACAAAUAUUUUUGAUUUUUUUGCGUUCUUUUGAAAAAAACUUACGAAUGAUGAAAUUUUUGAAAUCUGCAACAACUACGGUCAAAAUUCAAUGUUUUUUUGGAAUCUGUUCGGUACGUUCCAAAAAACCCCUCGGAAAAUUUUUUUGAAGAAAUUUGUUUGAAGCUUUUUUGAAGGAGCGAAACUUUUUUAUAAUCUUCGAGAACUGUUGAAAAAUGAGUUAUGAGCUUUGCUUGUUCCGAAAAAAAUUUCUCGAUCCAAAAAUAUACAUUCAAAACAAAUUUUUAGUUAAAACGACAUGGAAAGUUAGUAAUAAUAUAAUUUUCAAGAAAGAGUUUGAAAGGAGGAUUAGGUGAGAAAUUGUCGGAUUACUGUUAUCGAAAAUGAUUAUCAGGCGAUUUUCUCAUUCAAACAUUUUCUUUCGAUUCAGUACGUAGAAAUUGAAGAAAAAAUAGUUUUUGAGGCACAUGAGAGUCGAAAAAAGGCUUUUUUGAACAAUGAAUCACUCACAAAACUAUGAUCUCAUGAAUCGAAUUUCAGCAUCAUCCAUGUUAAAAUGUUUUUUUCUCAGAAGUCAAUUACAAACAACAAAAAAAGCAUAAAUAUUUUUUUGUUAUGCACAUUAAUUGGUUUAUUCAAAAAAUGGAAUAGAAUAAAAAGGAGUGAUAGGGCUUCAUCCGCCGGCUCUCUGUUACAAUUACGAGUUAUUGCCAGCUGCUUUGCCGCGAAGUUUUGUCUGUUGUUGUCACUAAAUGGGUACGCGGCUGUCCUCUCAUGAUAGUAAAUAUUGAUUUCCGGGAUUCGGACAUUCCCAUCAUUUUUUUGCCUGACAUAUAAAGGAGUGACAAGGUCACUUCGAAGAAAAGCAAGAAUUUUUCGAAUCGCAACAGUUCCAGAAAAAAAUUUUCGAUACUUACUUCACUCACAUAAAGCUUGAAGCAUUGUGUUUUCUUCCGUUUUUUUAAAGGAUCUAAUAACUUCAAUAUACUUGCGAACUUUUUGAAACAGGAAACUCUCUUUUUUCAAUUCGUUAUUCCAGCUUUAGCGUGGCUUUCAAACAACCUCAACCAAAAGUGUCCGGAAGUGCAUUCAAAUCAUUGAUGAGGGGGUACAGCUAAAGUUCACUUAUUUGCAACCUAAAAAGUUUUCAUAAGAUUUUACCAGAUAACAUCCAUUUCAAGCAGAUUUUUGAUGCUCUGAUAGUUUUUUUGUUUGGUACAGGUCCUCAAAGUUAUAAUUCACAAUGCGAAAGUUCCCAUGCGAUCAUUUCUUGAACAACGAAAAUAGAAACACGACGUGUGUUUUUGACUUUCUUUGUGUUUCCAAACCUUCAACCUUGCUUUUUAACAAUAUUCGAUGAAAAAGUUUUCAAUAGGAAGACAUUUUACAAUCGGCUCAUUUUUUUUCACUAGCGUUUUCGUUUUCUAUUUCUCUACAAACGUGGCGUACUGCAAAUUCUAAAAUUGUUUUCUUCUUUUUUUUUUUUAACACGUUUAUUUUCCUUUCAAAAGAGAAAAACGAAAUGUAUCCUUGGAUGAAUGCCAAAGAUACCGAGGGAAAAUUUUCGAAUUGGCUCCCACCCCGCCCAUCAAACCUAUCAGCUCACUAUCAGUUCCCGAACACCAUUUCACAUUGGGUUUAUGACGUACUCUUCAGUCUCAUACUCUUUUUAUUGUUGUAAUAGGGCCGCGAAAUGCGAUCAAAUUACCGUAUUUAUCAACAUACUGAUCACCCUUUAUGCCAAGUUUCGAUGGUACAAGCUGCGCUAUAACACCAAAAAAAAGUGGAAAUUCUACCAUUUUUAUCUGAAUUAGAAGAAUCUCUCACUUCCUAGACAAGGAAGAGUGUUGAAGUAUACUACGAAGUACGCUGGUUUCGAAUGUAUCACUCGAAAAAUCUCAACGUGUGUCAAAAGAUUAAAAAUGGUUUUUUGGGUUUCCUAGACGUAAUAACUUGACUGUACCGAAUGAAGAGUUUUCUCUCAAAAUAAAAUAGAGCGACUUUGAUUUUAAUACAGAAAACUAUCAGCGAAGGGUCUUCCACUUGAACAUUUUUUGAAGUUUCAAAUUUCUUUUUGUAUUUUCCCAGUAAGCAACUUAAUGAAUGUUUCCUAUGAAAAGUCUCUAACCCUAAGCUUUUUUUUUCAGGAAGAGCAUUCUAUAUCGACGACGACAACGAUUGCUCGUCCUUCGACGGCAGCCAACUCGGAGUUAUGAACCACGAACUGGAUUACUCAACGCUGUCGAUCAAUAUGCCAGGAGGUUUGAAAUUUCGUUUUUGAGCUCCUCUGGAGUGCUCGAAUUGAGAUAAGAAUUACAAUCCGCUUUGUCCAGUUUUACACUUCUUUGUUUGAAUAAUCCUGGAUGACGAAAAGCCUCGCGAGUGUAGCGGAGUACAAUGCGUACUCUAUUUAAUUUGAUUCUUGAGAAAUCAGAGAGAAAAAGGACUCGUUCCAUUUCCCAGUGAGGUGAGAUUUUUCAGUCCACGAAACAGUUCAGAUACAUAAAAUGAUAACCCUGAAGUUCUAGCUCGCGCACCUGUUCAAGGAGCAUUAAGAAGACUUUAAAAGAAAGAAAAAAAAAUGUUCCCACUCUGGAAAUCAAUACUUUUGUGUAUAUAAGGCAUAUACCAGCAAUUUUUCAACAAAUUACGAACCUAAACGAAAUAGUCAAAUUAAAAAAAUCGAAUGUUUACAUUCAGAGAGAAAUUUUUACAGCGUUCAGAGAGAGUUAUUCUGUAAAAAGUUGAAAUUGGUUUUUUUAACAACUUUUCUUAAAUAAAAAAAGGAACUUCUUGAUGGAUACUGAUCCGAAAAAUAGUUCUCUCUGAAGUUUUUUCUACCUUCCGCUUUACGUUUGUCAGAUAAUUCUUGUUUCGAAAAAGGAAGGAAAAAAGACAGGUUUAUUCAUCGAUGAACUUUCGUGGAAAAAAAAAAUUAACAAACUUUCGAAAAAAAUCUCUCCAUCCAUCAAAACAAAAAAUUUCAAGGUGCUACGGAGCAGCUAUGGCCAGUGGCUCCUGACGGUGGAUAUGGCUGGAUCAUCGUCCUGGCUGCUUUUUUCUCCAAUCUCAUCGUCGACGGCGUCUGCACUUCUUUCGCUGAAUUCAAAAAAUCCUACUCGGAGCAUUUCCAUGUGAGCAUUACUCUUUUUCCCAUCUUGUGUCAUAAAGCCCCUUUUCCAGUCUUCCGACGCUGCAACAGCCCUGAUCGGCUCGAUUCUUAUUGGUGUUUACUUACUUGUCGGUUCGUUUCGAGCCAGUUCCACAAUAAAAGAGAAUUUCAACUUAAGGACCUAUUGUGGGUGGUCUCGUGAACAAGUAUGGAGCACGAGCUGUCGUUGUGGCCGGAGCUGUGGUUUCUGGAAUCGCCUUCAUUAUCUCAGUCGCUUCUCCAAACAUCUACAUUUUCAUGGUCAUCUAUGGCGGACUGGGAGGUGCCGGAUUCGGAAUGAUUUACCUUCCUGCCAUCGUCGUCGUCAGUUAUUACUUCGAAAGCAAACGGUCAGUAUAUCGAUCUUUGAUGGAAAACUAGUAAUUUUUUUAUUAUAAAAUCUAGACGUGCUAUCGUGUGAUCAACUUCUUUCUUUUACUUAUCGAGAUCUUGAAAAAUCCUGGUAUACAGAAACUUAUUUGGUUAUGAGACAGUUUUGAACUUCGCUGAAUAACAGUGACUAAACACGCUAAUGUUAUAAAAUGUUCAACUAUUGUCUUUUCUUAGUUAAAUUCUCAUCAAUUUCAGUGCGAUGGCCACUGGAAUUGCUGUGGCUGGCUCUGGAGUUGGAACUAUUGUGAUGCCGAUUCUUUCCGAGUACUGCAUUGCGAGUGAGUGCCGGAAAAGCUUUUGUCGGGACAUAUGACUUAAUUUCAGAUUUCGGAUGGAAAUACACGGUCUGGGUGCUCGCUUCCCUUGUUUUCUCGUGUUCCCUUUUUGGACUUCUCUACAGACCGCUUCCCAUGCCCAACGCAGCUGAGAUCAAAGAUCAAGAGCUUCAACCACUUCGUCAAGCUCUCUCGAAAAUGUCAGAUGGUGAAGAAGAGGAGGUUGCGAGUUUUUCUUCCAAACUUUCACUUUCAAAAAUUGUUUGCAGGUUUCUUCAAACGCAAUUGAAAGCCCAGCAGCUAACAGAUGCCAAUCAGUCGCCAGCUCGGCUAUACCGCAAGGCGAAGACGACAUAGGCUCGUUUUUUGAUACUUCUGUGAAAAAAAAAUAGAUCAUCAUAUUUGCUCAGUUCACGGAGGUUUUCUUAAAACUGCUUGUAAUCUUGGCUAAUUUAUGUAACAGAAGAUCAAAUAACUGCGAGUUUUAGAACUUUCAAUUAUUUAUACUCAACCAUUCUGAAUAGCGAGAUAAAAAUGAAUUUCAUAAAAUAAUUAUUUUCUGAAUCGUUGGACCAAGAAAUCUUUUACAGGGAGUGGUUAUGGAAUUCUUCCAAGUAGAAAUUUUCAUUUUCAGACGAUCCUCAGAGUGACCCAACUCUGCAAAGGCUUCGAAAUGCUCUGUCCGAAUGUGAAGGUGAAGCUCCAGAAUCUCCUGCGACUCAGCAGAAACCUCCCCUCUCCCCUCUUCCCGAAAACACUGCUAGCAAAAGCAGAGCUUCAACCAACGUUCAUGCUCCUAUUUCGGCUUCGAGCUCGCGCCCAAGAAAACUCACCCUGACUAGCAUGACCAGUGACAUGGCGUCUACCAACGACCUCAAAGCUUCUCGAACGAAUUUGAACAGCCAAUUGAGCAGAAUCUCCGUCCGCAGCUACGCUAAGUCUCUGAGCAAACUCAGCCGCGCUGGUGAUGCCUCUACUCUGAGCAUUGCUAUGAGCGUGAGUUCUCUCAAUUGAAACGAAUCUGAUGAUUUUUUUCAGGGCGUCGAUCCGAAAGAGUUCUCUCGCCCUAUGAACCGUCAAGACAUCUUUUAUGGCGGCUCCAUUCGCAACUUGAAAGAGUUCAAGCAAGAAGGGGGACAUUUGCCGUCAUAUCGAGCAUCAGUGCUAUCGAUUCCUCGAUCAGUUGUGGGACAAGCCGCAUCUCAGAUGAAUUUGGCUCAAAGUCAAGCAGGUUCAGUUGUUUCGAAAACUAUGAGAUAUUUUAAAAUAAUCAGGGGAUCUCGGAAGCAGAAUGGGUGGCUCAAGAAUGUCCAGAAACGCUGGCGGACUUGCAGAGGAAGAGGAAAUCAUUGAUGAUUUUUAUGACAACGGGUGAGUCUUCAAGUUUUUUGUCCCGACUUCUAAGGCCGCGGUAAAGACUUCACUGGAAUUUAGCUUUUUCCAGUUUUUUUAUGUUUUAUAUAAGGUUUUAAAUUUCGCCAUGUGCCGUUUCUGAGGACUUUCCAAAACUCCAUGCUUUGCAAAAAAAUUUCAGAACAGCAACUUUUUAAGUUUUGGUUUAUUUAUUUAUUCGUCAACUUCUAGAAUACACUAUUAACUUGAGCUGAACACCCGAAAAAUAUUUUUUUUAAACAUUCGAAAAAUAGAACGUUACCAGGUAACUUUGGCGUUUGGAGCCAUGAAUGCGCUUUUUCUCCAAAACUGUCAACUCUAUUUUUAAAUUGAAGACGUUGCCGAUGGAUCCCGUUGGCAAUAAGGAACGCCUUCUCUGAGAUGAUCGAUUUUGAACUUCUGAAAGACCCAGUCAUGCUUUUAUUGUGCAUUUCCAACCUGCUCGGCAUGAUGGGUUUCUACAUUCCCUUUGUGUUCCUGAAAGAUCUCGCUAACGAGAACAAAGUCGAUCCGGCCAGCAGUCGCUAUCUUGUUCCUAUCAUCGGCGUGACCAACACCGUCGGUAGGAAAAUAUCUCUUUUUCAAAAUUUCCAUCACUCAACAUUUAAGGCAGGGUCUUCUUCGGCUGGUUCACAGACCAGGGUUAUAUUUCGGCCUUGAACAUCAACAACCUGGCUCUUCUCAUCUGCGGCGUGCUCACUUUGGCUUGUCCUUUCAUGCCGUCGUUUGUCGGUCUCACUGUUUAUUCUUCCUUGUUUGGUUUUUUCAUUUGUGAGUUUCUCUAAUUCAUGAAAAAAGAAAGGAAAACUUUUCAGCUGCUUACAUUUGUUUGACGUCUGUUGUUUUGUCCGAUUUGCUUGGUUUGGAGAAGUUGACCAACUCCUUCGGGCUUGUAGUUGUUGCUAGGGGUAUCUCUUCCCUACUUGGAUCACCUUUCGCUGGUAAGAUUUUUUUUUCGAGAAAGAAUCAUUGAUUUCGACUUACGAAGACAAAAAUAACCAAAAAAAAGGCAGUUCUCAUCUUCAAAAUAUAUGAAAAAAAUAGCUGAGAGGUUUUUGGAGUGAAUUAAAAACGAAAAUACAUAAGAGGUGACUUUUCAAAAGCUUGAGCGAUAAUAAUUUUUUUCACACUCUCGCGGAAAUUUUUGAGCUAAAAUGUAGGUUUGACGGGAAUCUAUUUGAAAGUUUCUUUUUGUCAUACAAUCCUGAAAUUGUUGAAAAGCGUUUUUUAAAAUACCUAUGGAUUUUUUUUGAGUCUCAUCAUUUUUCUCAGUGACCGGGUCAAGUUCGAAGUUCUGAAAUUGCAGGCUUGGUUUACGACAUGACUCAGUCCUACAGCGCUGCCUUUUACUUUGGUGGAGUCGUCAUUUUCGUGGCAGGACUGAUUUCCUGCGGGAUCCCAUUCAUUUACAAAUGGAAAAAAGAUGUGGAUGAUAAUGAAGGUAAAAAAAAUAAUCAAAUCUCAAAUUGGGAAAAAAGGUCCUGUGUAAAUGUUUGUAUCCGUCUUGGGAAAGUCCUUGUUAAUUAUAUUCAAAAAGAAAAACGAUUGAUUGAUUAACCUCAAUUAGGCGCUUGUUUGUCCGUCCCAUAGACCUCUCCUGAUGUUUUUUUAGGCGACGAAUUCACCAAGUUCCCAGACCAGGACAACAUGUCCGGCAAGUUGUCAGUGCUGACGGAACGGUCAGAAGAGAAUCUCACCGAGUACCAACGGACCAUCCAGAGUUUGCGUCAGCAGUACGCACUUCUUCAAGGUGAAACCCACCCUUGCGCUUCUUUUUCGCUGUCGCUCACUGAGGAUUGGUUUCAACUCCUAGUAGAACUUUUACUAUGAGAAAGUAAUGGCUUCCAAGGUUGAAAAGUUAGUAUCUUCAAAAAAAAAAAGCUAACAAAAGGUCACUUUGCUUUCAGGUUUAGAAAUUUUUUGAAAAUUGGCAAGAGAUCAUCAUUCGGAUCAGAUGAAGAUCCUGUGAAUAUACAACUGCAAAAUUUUUCAGUUUUUGAGAAAAGAAUCUCAGAGUCGAAGAAUAACAACAAAAACCGCUGAAAUGAGUAUUUUUGAGCCUUUCAUACAGUGGUCUACUAGGAGCUGCGACAGUCCUUAGUUACUCUCGCUAGAAUUAGUAUUUUUGUUAGCCGCAGAUCAUGUUUCGACCGAGGUGUUUCUUCAGUAACAUGUGAGAAAUUUAUCUUUCAAAUGAUCAUGGAAAGAAUAGUUCAUAUACUUUUCUCACUGAAUCUGCCUCGAUCAAAACUACGGUCAUUGCUAACAUUCGCUUCUGAAGAGUCGUGCUCCAAAAAUUCAAUUUUUUCUCCAUUCACAUUUCUUUGAGCUAUUUCAGCUCAACAUCUCAUAAUAACCUGAAUUAAAAAUUGAAAAUUUUUGAAGCACGACAAAAAACUCGCUUUGCUGCUUCACUGCUUUUUUUUCGCUUUAAAUGUUGCUUCUGCUCGUGAUUCUAGUCUUUGCACAACUAAAAAGAGCACUUCUGUCAAGUUCUACUUGUGAUCUGAUUUAUAUUCGUGGUAUUAGAACAGAAACAGGAAGACUAUUUCUACUUGAAUUUUAUUAAGAGAUUUCAUUCUAUUUUAUUCUUGUUCUGAGGAUCCUUCGAAUAAAAAAAAAUGCAACUCUUUUGAAUUCACUAGUGAUAGAAGUUCAAAAAGUUCUUGCUUUAUUUUCUGUUUCUAAAAAGAUUCAAAAAAUUUAUAUAGAGAAAUAACCUUGAUUGAAGAUAGUUCACUUAUUAACGUUCAUUUCAAUAUUUGGCGUAUUUUCGCAAUGUAUAACCAGUGGUGUUUGGUGGUUGGUGGGCAAUUUUGUGGUAUUUCCUGUUAACAAGACUUAUUAAACUUGUUCAGAGAUGGAAGAUGAGAAAAAGAAACAGAAGAAGAUUUUGAACGGGACUGCCGUUGAAGAGGUCAACGAAGAAGAAGAAGAGGCGGUUCCUAUGAAAUCCUUGAAGAGAAACAAAGAAGACGACAAGGAAAACGUUGAAUAA